UGCCAUGGCCGCGGUCCAGGUCAGCAGCUCGCCUGCUGAUUCGCAGAUCUCACGGUGCACGGAUGGGACUUCCGCACCACGGCUAUGACCACGGCUCACACACACAGACACACACACAUACAAACACACGCUCACACACACAGAGGGCAGCGCGGAGCAGAGACACGGAACGCAGCCGCUCUUCGAAGGGGAGAAGCAACAGCAGCAGCUGUCAUGUGAAUCAGCUGGACGAACGAGGAAGGACAUAAACAACAGCACGACUCCGUUUUUCAAGUAGGUUCAGGUCAGUGUGGUUGCAGGAUGGCGGGAGCAGGGGCAUACACCUCUGCAAACCCCACCUGCAAGAUCAUGACAUUCAGGCCGACCAUGGAAGAGUUCAAAGACUUCAACCAGUACCUGGUUUAUAUGGAGUCUCAGGGCGCACACCGCGCCGGCCUGGCUAAGGUCAUUCCGCCUAAAGGUUGGAAGCCCCGCCGCACCUAUGACGACAUAGAUGAUUUAAUGAUCGACGCGCCCAUUCAGCAGAUGGUGGCCGGCCAGUCGGGGCUCUUCACUCAGUACAACAUCCAGAAAAAGCCUCUCAGUGUGCAGGAGUUCAGGCGACUGGCCAACAGCGACAUGUAUUGUACACCACGCUACCUGAACUAUGAAGACCUUGAGAGGAAGUACUGGAAGAACCUCACUUUCGUCUCACCGAUAUAUGGGGCUGAUGUCAGCGGCAGCCUCUACGAUGAGGAUGUGGAAGAGUGGAACAUCGGCCACCUGAACUCCAUCCUGGAUUUGAUCGAAGAGGACUGUGGGGUUUCCAUACAGGGGGUCAACACCCCGUAUCUGUACUUUGGAAUGUGGAAGACCACCUUCUCCUGGCAUACAGAGGACAUGGACCUCUACAGCAUCAACUACCUUCAUUUCGGAGAGCCCAAGUCCUGGUAUGCAAUCCCCCCCGAACACGGGAAGAGACUGGAGCGUCUGGCUACAGGAUUUUUUCCCAACAGUUUCAAGGGUUGUGAGGCUUUUCUUCGUCACAAGAUGACUCUGAUCUCCCCUUCCAUCCUGAAGAAGUAUGGAAUCCCCUUUGAUAAGAUAACUCAGGAAGCCGGAGAGUUCAUGAUCACCUUCCCGUAUGGUUACCACGCUGGAUUCAAUCAUGGCUUCAACUGUGCGGAAUCCACUAACUUUGCCACCCUGCGCUGGAUAGACUACGGCAAGGUGGCCACGCAGUGCACGUGUAGCAAAGACAUGGUGAAGAUAUCCAUGGAACCCUUUGUAAAGCGUUUUCAGCCCGACCGGUACGCUAACUGGAUGCUGGGCAAAGAUGCAACGCCUAUUGACCACACGAUUGCCACCCCGAGCACAACACCGGAGCUGCAGAGCUGGGUGCAGAGGCGCCAGAAAACCAAAUCUGCUAAUAAGGGUGUCGGCCACUCUCGAAUGCGCUCCAAGCGCCUCAGGACUACGGAGGAGCCGGUCGGCCUGGAAAGCUGCUCGGCAUUUAUCGGCAGCAAGAGGAAAGGCCACAGCGGUCCGCCCGCACCCAAGGUGCGAAAGUCGGUGGCAGCGCCCACUUUUAAGGAGGAAGAGAAGAAGAGCGAAGGCGUGUCCAAGCACAACCAGAAUCAGCUGAGUGGUCCCUGCAGACAGAUGUGUGUGGUGAAGGUCAAUCGCGUCGAGAGCAAAAGUCUGGGCUUUUCUAAUAAGGACUCAACCCAAACCUCCCACUACAGCCCUCCCGCUACGCCGAAAAAUGAAACUCUCGACCCUCAGCACCUUCCAGGGUGCGGGCUCCAAAGUCCAGAGGCCAAUCAGACACAUCUGACAAUGAAUGAGUUGAGGUGUUCCAUUUCUGCCCCCCCCGACCUCUCGGCCAUGGGGGACCCCGUAAGGAUUACGCUUCUGGAAUCCGACAAACUCAGCCCGUCCUCCCACACAAACUCUCCUGCCGAGCCAGUAAACGACUGGAGUCCCACAGACUCCAAGGCGCAGAUGUGUUGUUCCUCGCCUUUGCACACCGACGGCAUGGACACGGGUUCCAAUAAUCACACUAACAGCACCACCACACCAGAGCAAACGGACUCUUCCAGUGAUUCUAAACAUGUCAAUCCACACUCCACUACAGAAGCACUUUAUAAUUUGAAGAAUGAGCCAGCAGAGGGCGAUAUUUACACAUCAAUUGCCACGUGCUCCCCUUCGCUGCAAGACUGCAGUGCAGGAGCAGGCGGCAUCGAGGAAAGCCUUUUCCCUCCUCUUCUACAGAGGAAUGCCGUGGACAUGCCACAGCUCACACCGGAGCCCGAUGAAAAGGUUGAAGCUUGCCCUUUGCCUCCUGUGCUGACCCAGGAGAUGCCUUCCCUGACCCCGGCCGACGAUGGGCUCACUGACUUCCCAAAGUCUGCAUCCUGCAGCCACCAAGUUGCACCUGUGCUCCAGAGGGAGUCGCUAACCAGCACCGGGUCCUUACCGGGAGCCAAAGCGGGGGAGAAAGAGAGCGACUCAGGAGAACCCGGCACAGCAGAACAAGUCAAUCGCCGGCCGUUCGAUUCCCCAAUUAAAUGUGAAGGAGCAGGAGAGUCUGGUUCAAAAGGAUGCACGGCUCAUUUAUCUGCCAGCGGUUUGCACAAAAUCACAUCUGGUGGAGUUCAUGAAACGCUAAUAAAGUCUGCAGAAGAGGAUCACACAAAGCUGGAAGCUUUGACUUCCGGACAGAGUGAUGCAACCCAAAGCGAGCUCGUUCAAAGAGCUGCACCUCAAGGAGAGCCGCAGCCCAGCUCACCAGACAGAAAUAAAGAGAACUCCAAAGACCCAGCUCCAAGGGGCAAUGGAGACUUGCUGCUAUCUGGUGAUGCCGGCAAAAGCCCCCCUCCCUUAUGCUCUCAAAACGGCAACCACUCAGCAUUACAACUCAAUCACCACACUACGUAUCCCUCCUCCCUUUGCGCUUCCCAGAAUGCAUUCCCCGAGUCCAAAAUGUUCUCCAGCAGCAUCUGGAAAAGCUUCACUUCCCAGGGCCCCGCAGUUCUCACCCAGAGCCUCCAACCAGAGCUCCCCUCCGAGUUCUCCCACGACCCUCUGCCUUACACCAUGUGGGCCGAGCCCCAGUGCAAGCAGGUCACAGACCUGGAAGACGCAGCCCAAGACCUCCGUCAGUCACAGAACCAGGCAAACGAAGGCGGGCCUCUCACCUGGGCCCAACUCGAGCCCACCUCUCUACUCUCGGUCGGUGCAAUCGAACCUCUGGGACUUUGCGACGAUUACGAGCUACAAAGAGAUGAUGGUGAAGGAGCCGAGUCCCUGCCGCUGAGCAGGGAGCUCGGGAGCCAAAGGGAGCCGAAGGAGAAGUCACAGUCAGACACGGUCAGGAUAGGAGAGGGAGGACCAAACGGGGUUUCUGAUAUGGAAGAGGGUGGAUCAGAUGGCGAGGACGCGGAGCAGCAGAGCAGCACCAAGGGAGAGAGCAGCAGUGACUCAUCUGAGGAAGAGGAAGACCAGGAAAACAAUGGAAGAAACUAUGAAUGUGAUGAAUUGGGCCUCGAACCUGGGGAGGUUUGUGCUUACCCCACCCUGUCCGCCAAGAGGACCAGUAAGAGCUGGCGUCACCCCCUGAGGAAACCCACUGCAAGAGCCGUGCCCACGGCUGUCAAACAACAGGCCGCCAGUGACGAUGAGCCCCCCGAAGCUAGUCUGGCGGAGGAGGAGGAGGAGGAGCAGGAAAUGGAGGCAUGGGCGAAGCCUCUCGUCUACCUUUGGCAAAGCAGAAAGAGCCUCUUCUCAGCAGAGAGGGAGUACAAUGCUCAGGCAGCCACCAUGCAGCCACACUGUGCCGUGUGCACGCUCUUCAUGCCGUAUUAUCAGGCGGACGACAAAGCUGAGGACAGUAAAUCUUCCACUUGCAGGGACGCGUCCAAGCCCCCCUCUCCAGUGGAGGUCCCCACGCCUCCCUGUACGGGGCUGAGGAAGACCAAGCCCCUGGUCCCCGAGAUCUGCUUCUCUUUUCGGGAGCAGAACUGCUCCCCGACUCCCGCCAACCCUCUGGUGCAAGAGGAUGGCAACUCCCCUCUCCUUCGCUGCCAAGGCUGUUGCCUGCAAGUCCACGCAAGUUGCUAUGGUGUUGCUGCAGAUGACAUCAGUGAGCAGUGGUCAUGUGAUCGAUGUUCAGAGGGAAGCUUCUCGGCAGAAUGUUGCCUGUGUAACCUCAGAGGUGGAGCUCUGAAGAAAACCCAAAACGACAAAUGGGCCCAUGUAAUGUGUGCGGUGGCCCUGCCAGAGGCGAGGUUCACCGAUGAGGCCAAGAGGAGUCCCAUUGACACCAGCAGGAUCCCCAUGCAGCGAUACAAACUGAAGUGCAUCUAUUGUCGCGGCCGCUGCGCAGGGAAGCGGCAGACAGGGGCUUGUAUCCAGUGCUCAUGCGGCCGCUGUCCAACCUCCUUUCACGUGACCUGUGCCCAUGCUGCCGGUGUAACCAUGGAGCCGGAUGAUUGGCCGUAUGUGGUGUCAGUCACCUGCCAUAGACACCAGUCGCGGAGUUCGUCAGCUAAGCAGCGAGCCUGCCAAGCCGCCAUCUCUCUGGGCCAAACUGUGAUCUCCAAGCAUAAGAACCUGCGCUACUACAGCUCCAAAGUCACCCAGAUCACCUCGCAGACCUUCUACGAGGUCAUGUUUGAUGACGGCUCUUUCUCUAAUGACACCUACCCGGAGGACAUUGUGAGCAGAGACUGCAUGAGCCUGGGUCCUCCCGAAGUCGGGGAGGCCGUUCAAGUCAAAUGGCCCGACGGGCUGUUCUACGGUGCUAAAUACCUGGGAUCCAGCGUCUCCUACAUGUACCAGAACUGGGAUGAUGAUGAUGAGGGUGAUGAUGAGGAGGAGGAGGAGGAGGAGGUGGAGUUUGAAGACGGCUCUCAGGUGCUGGCUAAAAGGGAAGAUAUCUACACGCUAGACGAGGACCUCCCUAAAAAGGUGAAGCGUCGCCUUUCGACGGCCUCCAGCAUGCGCUUCCAGGACGCCUUCUUCACCACGCAGGGCGAGAGGAAACGACAGAGGACGCCCAACUCCCGUUUCCAGAAUGACUAUGUGGCCCUCCCAGGCCUCCGUACAACUGCCAAAAGCACAUGGGAACAUCGCAGCCAAAAAGGGAAAUGA